AUGGCCACCAAAAGGCCUCGGGCUGCCUUUGAGGCAGAUUUACAAGCUCAUCAGUCACCCUACGCCGUUUAUGGAACUCCUCUCCCCCCGCUGGAUGCUGGGGUUCGAGACGAUGGUUCUUACGCCCCGAUCUGGAAGCAGGAAGUGACGGAUGACCGGGGAAGGAAACGCUUGCAUGGCGCCUUCACCGGUGGAUUCAGCGCCGGGUACUUUAAUAGCGUCGGAUCCAAGGAAGGAUGGACACCCGCAACAUUUGUCUCCUCGCGGCAAAACCGGGCCCGGGAUGCCCAAAAACAGGUUCAGCAACGACCGGAAGAUUUCAUGGACGAGGAUGACAUACGGGAAGCGGAAGAGGCGAAAGAUAUUCAUACAACCGAUGGCUUUUCUGGGUUCGGGUCUACGCAUACCGACUCUACGCGCCGAGCAGGGCUCAUGGAUCUUCUGAAAACUGGCGGGGAGACCAUGGGUGUCAAGCUUUUGAAGAAAAUGGGCUGGAGAGAGGGUCAAGGUAUCGGUCCCAAAGUGCGACGAAAAGCCAAUCUCGAUGAGACAGCCCCGGGCGAACACGAGAAAACGUAUCUUUUUGCGCCGGAGAACUCGCCCAUGGUCGCUUUUAUUCGAAAGACAGAUCAUAAAGGUCUUGGAUUUGAAGGCGAAACUCGGUUGGGGGAAUCACUGGCGAAAGAAGGCGACUCUGAGGAAGAGGACAACGAUUCUUUCUUCGGACGGCGAUUAGGAGCUCCUGGUAAACAAAAGCCAACAAAGGCCAAAGAACCACGUCGUGGGGGUUUCGGAGUCGGCAUUCUCAAUGAUACCGGGUCGGAUGACGAGGACCCCUAUUCGCUGGGUCCACAGAUAUCAUACAAUCGGGUGAUUGGAGGGGACAAGAAGAAGAAGAAAAAGGUUAAGUCUGCAGAAGAUGCCAAACCAACAAUAGCAUCGUCGAAUCCUCUUCUGAAAUCCAAGCCCGUCUUUAUACCCAAAAAGGCAAUUGCUGCACGGAAUUCCGCCGGUUUCAGAAAAUGCCACGAUGGUCGGUUGCCCUUGGAUGGGUUUGUCCUAGCUGAUGGCAUGUCUGGCCUCUCGGUUUCCUCCCAAGAAAAGAAGUAUGAACCGCCUGAGAUUCCUAAAGACUGGAAAUCUAGCAAAGCACCCUCGACAGAAAGAAAUGCUUCGGAUUAUGUUUCCACAGCGGAGGCAGCAAAGGCUUCCUCGCUUGAUCCUACAUCUAGAGCUGCUCUUUUGGGAGAAUCUCAGCUACCUGGAAAGUCAAUAUUUGACUGGAUGACCCCCGAAGCCCGGGAGAGAAUUGCGAAGCUCACCGGGAAAACCGAUUUGCCACCAGCUUUGGGAGAAAAGGCCCCCAAAGGAUACGAGUUAUCAGAAGCACAAAAACGCAAGGAUAUAUGGGAUCUUGUUCCGAAGCUAGACAAGCAACUAGCCGUUCAGGCUUUGACCAGAGCAGUCAGCGGCUGGAUGCCUUAUGCGGAAGAUGAAGGCAAAAGAGCCCGCUAUCGAACUUUCUUGGAAGUGAGGGCUGGGCUCCGUGACACUCUUCCAGAUCGACUACCAAACUCGAGCACUGAUGAGUGGGUCAACGAACUUAAUGAAUUUUCUCGAGCAGCGGAGGUAUUCAAGCCAAUGUCCGGGGUAAUGGCCUCGCGCUUUACGUCCGCAUCCGCCGGGCCAAAAGAGUCCUCGGAUGCCGAAUCUACGGAUCCACUGCUCAGUAAACCUAAUGAGAAGCCUGAAGACCCGGCCGUGGCAGCUGCAAAGAUCGGGAUGUUUGGACCGAUGACUCGCAGCACUAUCUCAUUUUACCCAGCCCGCCUGCUAUGCAAACGACUCAAUGUGAAGCCACCGGCUCAUGUACAAGUCGAUCCGGGUGAACAGCCUGGAGGCUCUGAAGGCGUUUCGGGUGAUCGCUUCCAGGCAGGCUACCAGACAAAUGCGGGACCAAAGGAAUUGGUUUCCAGAGAUGUCAUGAAUCAACUCAUGCUAGAAUCUGGGGCAGGUAGACUACGAGCAUCUGAUGCGGAUGAUACUACGCCGGAACAGCCUGUAAUGGAGAGUAAAGGGCCCGUUAUCGUCGAGCCUGAACGCAACGAAGCACUAGAAGCCGACCGGCCUGGAGAGGCGGUUUUCAAGGCCAUUUUUGGCAGCGAUGACGAGGAUGAAGAUGAGGAAUGA